GUGAAAGUCAGAAUGCAGUCGCGUAUCGUAUUGAAAGGUACAGCCGCUGCUGUAGCCACUAGGAGACUGCGCAAUAUUUUGGGUCCUGUCCUGUCAAAGGAAGGUUGGAACUGGAGUGGACAUGAGGUCAAACUGUUAAACACUACUGCAGGUGACACUGUGAAAAUAGGCGAGAUCUCCUACCAGCUGAAGGCACCCAGAAACCCUGAACUUGUGCCCAGGAAUCACAUGACAGAGUCCAUGCCACAUGCAGUUGCUCAGCACCUUCGAUGGAUCAUGCAGAAGGACCUACUGGGGCAGGAUGUGUUUCUGAUCGGCCCACCCGGCCCACUGCGCCGCUCCAUUGCCAUGCAGUACCUGGAGCUGACUAAGAGGGAGGUUGAAUAUGUGGCUUUAUCCAGAGACACAACCGAGUCUGAUCUUAAGCAGCGCAGAGAAAUCCGCUCAGGCACUGCGUUCUACAUAGACCAGUGUGCUGUGAGAGCGGCGACCGAGGGACGAAUUUUGGUUCUGGAGGGUCUAGAAAAGGCAGAGCGGAACGUUCUGCCCGUUCUCAACAACCUGCUGGAAAACCGUGAGAUGCAGCUAGAGGACGGACGCUUCCUCAUGGCUGCCCAGCGCUACGACAAACUGCUACAGGAGCACACUAAAGAAGAACUAGACCAGUGGAAGAUUGUGCGUGUGAGUGAGGAUUUCCGGGUCAUCGCUCUAGGCCUACCUGUGCCCCGAUACAAGGGCAAUCCUCUAGAUCCACCCUUACGAUCUCGCUUCCAGGCCAGAGACGUCUACUACCUGCCUUUUAAGGACCAGCUCGAGCUUCUUUAUAGUUCUGCACCAAAUGUGGCCGCUGAACGAGUGUCUCAGCUGUUGUCAUGUGCUACUACUCUUUGCUCGCAAGAAUCUGUAAAUCUGGGCCUUCCCGACUUCCCUGUGGACAAUUUACCUUCUGCUGUGCGAGUGCUGGACUUGUUUCCUAUGCUGUCUGCUCAACGGCUGGUCCGGAGGCUUUACCCAUACGAGUCCAUGCUAGGAAAGGAGGGCCGAAACGCAGUGGAAACUGUACUCGGUCGUUUUGAACUGCUGGAUGGAAAGAAGCAGGCUUCCCCGAGUGCUGUAGUACAUGUGGAACCUGCACACACAGGACAUGCAGAAGUUACCCUCAACGUUGCUGACCGAAACAUCGGUUUCCAGGUUCCAGCAGGAUCUCGACCACCCCGGCCACCAAACAGCAGCCCUUCGUUCAUCAGCACCCCCACCCACGUUAGCCUGCUCGCCGAGAUGAUGCAGUCACAUCUCGUCAAAGACAUGUGUCUCAUUGGGGCCAAGGGUUGUGGCAAAUCAGUGAUUGCCCGAGAGUUUGCUGAGAUGCUUGGUUAUAGCAUUGAGCCCAUCAUGCUUUAUCAGGAUAUGACGGCACGGGACCUGCUGCAACAGCGCUACACCCUGCCUAAUGGGGACACAGCCUGGAGAGCCUCACCACUGGUUAAUGCCGCUAAGGAGGGCAAGCUGGUGCUACUGGAUGGUAUCCACCGUGUCAACCUGGGAACCCUAUCUGUCCUGUCUAGACUGCUGCAUGACCGAGAGCUGGCUUUGUAUGAUGGUACUCGGCUGCUGAGGUCAGACCGCUACCACAGCCUGAAAGAGGAGCUCCAGCUUACGGAGAAUGAGCUGCAGGAAAGGGGCGUCUUCCCUAUUCACCCAUCGUUUAGGGUGAUAGCUCUGGCAGAGCCGCCGGUGGCUGGCAGCAGCACUCAGCAGUGGCUCAAUCCGGAGCUCCUUACUAUGUUCUUCUUCCACACAGUCAAGCCUCUCGCCAAGGUGGAGGAAGUUGCAAUUAUCAACGGAAUGAUUCCAAACGUUCAUCAGGAAACAGUGGAGCAGCUGCUGCAGCUCACCCACAGCCUGAGAGGAACCAGUGACCCCACAGCCCAGUCACUGGCCUCUUCACUGUCCACCAGGCAGCUCUUGAGGAUCUGUCGUCGUCUUUCUCAGUAUCCUGAAGAAAGUAUUGCUCAUGCCGUAAACAAAGCCUGUCUGUCCAGGUUCCUUCCAAGCCUGGCACGCUCAUCCCUGCAGAAAAACCUGGCUAACUGUUCACUAGAGGAGGACAGUACUACAGCAACUCAGUCAAAACAUGGCCCUGCAUGCUUGAUAAAAGAUGGAGUUCUUACUAUUGGCAAGGUUUCAGCUCCUCUGUAUAAUCCUGAUGAGAAGAUGAAGGUUCCUGAUGUGCUUUUUUAUGAGAAUGCUCAGCACAUGAUGGUUAUGGAGGACAUGUUGAAGGACUUUCUUUUGGGGGAACAUCUACUGCUGGUUGGCAACCAGGGUGUGGGGAAAAACAAAAUCGUCGACAGAUUCCUGCAUCUACUGAACAGACCCAGAGAGUAUCUGCAACUUCACAGAGAUACCACAGUCCAGACACUGACUCUGCAGCCAUCUGUGAGGGACGGGAUCAUACUGUAUGAGGACUCACCACUGGUGAAAGCUGUAAAGACAGGACACGUUCUGGUAAUAGAUGAGGCAGAUAAAGCACCCACUAAUGUCACCUGCAUCCUGAAGACUUUGGUGGAGAGUGGAGAGAUGAUCCUGGCAGAUGGAAGGAGAAUAGUGGCAGAUCCUUUGGAGGCAGCUGGAAGACCCAAUAUCAUAGCCAUGCAUCCUGACUUUCGCAUGAUUGUUUUGGCUAACCGACCAGGAUUUCCAUUCUUGGGAAAUGACUUCUUUGGGGCACUUGGGGAUAUAUUCAGCUGUCAUGCAGUGGACAACCCAAAGCCUGAGGCCGAAUUUGCCAUGCUAAAGCAGUAUGGACCUGAUGUUCCUGACCCUAUUCUUCAAAAACUGGUGGCAGCGUUUGGAGAACUGCGUGCCAUGGCAGACCAAGGAACCAUCAACUACCCUUACUCCACUCGUGAAGUGGUCAACAUUGUGAAACACCUUCAGAAAUUUCCGAAUGAAGGACUUGCUAACGUGGUGAGGAAUGUGUUCGACUUCGACUCAUACAACAAGGACAUGAGAGAGGUUCUGAUCGCAGCCCUGCACAAGCAUGGUAUUCCCAUCGGAGCCAAACCCACCAGCGUUCAUCUUGCCAAGGAGUUGCCAUUGCCAGACUGUAAGAUGACAGGGUAUUGGACUAUGAACCAGGGUGGCAAUGUAAGGAGGAAACUGCUGUGUCCUACCGAGUCCCAUCGUAUAGAUAUUAAGGGUCCGUUGUUUUUGAAAGUACAGAGUUAUCCACUGGAGAGGCAUGAGUCAAGAGCGGUCAGCUUCACUGAGGAGUAUGCUCACUGGCAGAUCCCCAUGAAUGAAGUCAACAUCGUCUGUGAUGUCACCACUGAUAAUGAUAUGAUUUACCUAGCUACGUGUAACCCGGUGUCCCUGUGUGCGAUGCGUGAAAAGGCAAACACGCUGCAGUACAUUGAUCUGUACGAUGUCUUUCCCCGCACCAUCAGCGGCGUGUGGCAACCUUUCAUCACAGUGGCAGCUCUGGGCAGCCCACUACAGGGCCAGGUGGUGCUACACGAGGAGCAGAGUAACACGGUACUCCAUGUGGACCUGGUGUCCGGGGCUGUUAGGAGACUAAUCCUGUCUCCAGGUAAAGAAGAAGAACCUGUGCGCAAAACCUCGAAUUGGUGGAACACAAAAGAAACCCAGUCACAGUCAACAUACAAAAUGUGCCGGGAGUUUGCCCACAAGAACUGGCUGCUGUUUUACAAGGCUGAUGGGGAUCAACUUGAUGUUCUGGAUGUGCUGGAGGGACAAGUCCACACCAUUUCUCUCCCCAUCAAUGUUAAGGCUGUAUACUUGACGGCUGAAGACCGCUGGUUACUCGUUGAUAGCAAGACUGACAGGAAGUUCCUGCUGACCAAGCCUUUGCACAUAGGAGUGGAGGAAUCAGGGGUGUGCCAACUACAUGCCAUCAGUGAAGAGGCUGUCAGUACUGGCUUUGGCACCAGCUCAGAGAUGGAUGCUGGUGCCCCUCAGGACGUUUCCAGUGAGCAGCUGCCCAAUGAGAACCUCAGCGCUGCCCUGGGACAGAAGAUUGCCUCUCCAAACCGUCUCAGCUGUGACACCAACGCUUACGCUAACAUUAUAGUGGGCUUUCCAGACCUCCUGUCUUCAAAUGAGGUCUACAGUUUUAAAAGGACAUCACCCCUCACAGAAGGCAGAGGUCCAGAUAUGUUUUUCGGGUCGACUCGACGAACAGGACCCGCCAAGAGAGUCAACUGUGUCAGUCUGGUUGGAGCUAAUCAGGUGGUACGAGCUCUUGCACCCAGUCAAGUGCCUCUGUCUGAAAUCUAUCCUAAAGAUGUCACCCCACCUAUGACGUCUGCCUACCUGGAGGUGACGGAUCUCAACUCUAAGAAAGUAAAAUAUAUUCCAGUCCCAAGGACUAUGUCUGUAUCUCCUUACACAGGAUGGGUCUCCAAGGUGUCCGACACUGAUGUGGUCAUUGCUGCUUUGGGUUCUGGUGGCAUUGUGACUGUAGAUAUGGGAGGUUAUGUGAGACUGUGGGAGACAGGACUGGACAAUUUGCACCAGUCCCUUCUGGAGUGGAGGAACAUGAUCGGCUCUGAGGAUGGCAGACCUAUCCAGAUCACCGUCCAGAGGGACAGUGGGCUUGAUGUCAGCUCACCAAAACAUGGCAAGAUUGACCUUAAAAACGCUCCUCAUGUAGGCGGUAAUCAGUGGGCAGGAGGCACAGGAGGCAGAGAUACAGCAGGCCUGGGGGGUAAAGGUGGUCCUUACCGUCUGGAUGCUGGCCAUACGGUCUACCAGGUAUCCCAGGCUGAGAAAGAUGCUGUGCCUGAUGAAGUGAAGAGAGCUGCACGAGAGAUGGCUGAAAAGGUCUUCAAAGAGAGACUAAAGGAGAUUAAUAUGAGCGAGUAUGAUGCCUCCACAUACGAGCGUUUUUCUGGAGCUGUCCGGCGCCAAGUCCAGUCCCUACGCAUCAUUCUGGACAGCCUGCAGGCUAAAGGAAAGGAAAGGCAGUGGCUGAAGAACCAGGCUGUGGGGGAGCUGGAUGAUGCUAAGAUUAUUGAUGGCCUGACUGGAGAGAAAGCCAUUUACAAAUGCAGAGGGGAACUGGAACCAGAGCUUGGCACACCUCAGCAGAAGCCCAAGCGACUGCGCCUGCUAGCCGACGUGUCAGGCAGUAUGUACCGUUUUAAUGGCGUUGAUGGGCGUCUGGAACGCAGCAUGGAGGCUGUGUGCAUGGUGAUGGAGGCUCUGGAGGGCUACGAACACAAGUUUAAGUAUGACAUUGUGGGCCAUUCAGGAGAUGGAUUUAAUAUAGAGCUGGUCACAUGUAAUAAAGUGCCAAAGAACAACAUGCAGAGGCUAAAGGUUUUAAAGACCAUGCAUGUUCACUCUCAGUUCUGUAUGAGUGGAGACUACACGCUGGAGGGCACACAGAAUGCUGUAAACGAGCUAGCACGAGAGGAAGCUGACGAGCACUUUGUCAUUGUGCUGAGCGAUGCUAACCUGGAGCGCUAUGGCAUCCACCCCGAUCGAUUUGCCCGCACCCUUACCAGCAACCCACAGGUUCAUGCCUUCGCCAUCUUUAUUGGCUCCCUCGGGGACCAGGCUGAGAGGCUCCAGAAAACUCUGCCGGCAGGACGUUCUUUUGUUGCCAUGGACACUAAGGAGAUCCCUCAAAUCCUCCAACAGAUCUUCACCUCCACCAUGCUGUCCAGUGUCUGAACACAUCGCACCACCCAGAAACCUUGUUCUCUCAUACACUGCUGAUUCCAGGAGGCGUGCUCUAUACUUACAGGUUUUUGGGUUCGGGUAUUAUGCCCCAUACCAGGGCUCUUUUUAAUUAAAAAAAUUAUGAUUACUUGACACAGCAGUUAGAAUUUUAAUACAAUUAAUACACCUCGUUUGAUUGUUCUUUAAACAGACUGUAUUGUUUCACCUUGUGUACAUUUGAGGCUCUCAGUUAAAAACGUUGGGCGGACUUGUUUGCCAUGUCUGACUGUGAACUUGUGCCCUGGUAAAAGAGGCCGGUGUUGCGUCAGAUUUUGAUGGAUGUGCUUGUCUGGGCUUUCUCAGGUUCCUCUGAACUCCUCGUGAUCACACAGUCAACACAUUCUGUCAACAAAGCUAUUUCUCCAGUCAUCCAGGCUCUAGUCAGUCAUUCAGGCUCCUAUACAGCAUGUUUUAUAUUAUUGAUAACCAGUCAUGUAGAAUAAGCUCCUGACUACCUUCAAGCCAAUGAAAACAAGAAUUUCAGAUAUUACACUGCUAAAUGGUAGUAUGGAGUUGGAUACACAGACUGGAUUUAGCAUUGUAAUAUCUAAAAUUCUUGUUUUCAUUGGCUUGCAGUUAGUCAGUUAGUCAGGAGUUUAAUACUGGUAGUGCCACACUGUUCUAUAUUCACUCUUGGGUUUUUAUGUACUAUGGAUUUUUUGGUCCCUUUUAAAUGAUAAUGAAUAAUGAUGAUGACUGAAUAAUGCACUGUUUAAACAGACGGUGUAUUCUUUAUCUUCUAGUGUCCUCUAAUCUUUUUUUUGCAUUUCAUUCUUAAAUAUUUGGCCAUUUACAAAGUCAAUAGAUCAUUUAAUGUGCACCAUACACUAUCGUCCCAAAAUGACCCAUUGAAAGUGAUGAUUUGGACUUUGGAAGUUGUGUAUUGUAUACAAGGACUUAAGCAAGUGUUCAGCUAUAUCAUUUCCUAUCUGGAAAUAAUCUAGAAUAUGAGGUGCAGCUUUACACCUCAGAUUCAUCCUAGAUUCGUCCUGAACCUGCACCAUUCUCAAACGUAACCUUUAUGAGGUACCCAGUCAGACCAUUUAACAUUUUGGCAAUAAAAGUCCAGAUGCUGUAAAGAACAGAUAUGGUGGAAUAUACUUUCUAUUAUAUAAACAAUAUCUUUUUAUGAGUUGGGGUUUAUUCUCUGCUUCUCACUGUAUUCUCCUAGAUAUUUUUUUAUGCAUUUUCUCCCGAUUUAGCUCACUCAAUUUGUCUUCCACUGCUGAGAGAUACCAGAUUGCAUCCGAGGAGAGCACGUCGCUGUACACGCUUCUUCUGACACGUGCACAGCCCUCCUCUUCUCACCCAUGCACUCUGCACAGGCAUCUCUUCUGCCAAUCAGGGUCCUUACACAGCGUAUGAAGACCCUCCCACCCACACAUAGUCCGGCCCCCACCCUGCAGAUACGGUGGUUAAGUAGUAUCUGCUGCAGGCACUGCCAAUUAUGCCCGCCAGAUGGCGCCCAGCCGACCGGAGGCAAAGCCGAGUUUCGAACCGAGGAGUUCCGAAUCUCGGCACUGGUGUGCUAGCGAAAUAUCCCACUGCGCCACCUGGGCGCCUCUCCUGAAUAUUUAAUGCUAGAUUUGCUCAUAUUUCAUGCUUGCCACAAAGCUAACAGUUUUAUGUCUGAAUCACUACAAUUUGCUAACAUUUAUUAGUUAACUUUAGGCUCCUGUUGAUCCAUUGUGAUGUCUUGAAAGGUGUCAGCUAAGAAUGUAACAACUGAUUAUACUCAGUACGCAGUUUGACAGUAAUUCAAGCUGAUUACAAAUUAUUUUAAAAGAGGAUAAUGAUUCCUAAUUUAUAUCUGUAGCAAAACAAUAAAAACUUUUUUUUUUGUUUAUAUAACCUUGUCUAUGUAAAAAAAGAAGUCUGUUAAAGUACUAGACAUUUGGACAUUUUGAACAGAAAAUGUGGAUACCAAUGCUGAUUUGAGAAUUGAUUUGAGAAAUUAAAA